UUGGAGGUUAUGUUUCCCAGUAGCUGUCAAAAACAUGUUUUCUUUUUUUAAAAAAAAAAUAAUUAACACAGUUCUCUAAUGUAGUUUUUUUUUAAAUAUAUAAUUUAAUUCUAGUUAAUUGUGUUUUCUUUAUAAUUAAUUUUUUGUAUUAUAAUAAUGGCUGCUAUUGAUAAAGUGAAAAUUCUCGUUCUUGGCGAUUCUGGAGUUGGUAAAACUUCAUUAACGCAUUUAAUUUGCCAUCAACAACCAAUGAAUAAUCCAUCAUGGACAAUUGGCUGUUCAGUGGAAGUAAAAUUACAUGAAUAUAAAGAAGGAACUGCAAAUCAAAGACGAUAUUUUAUUGAAUUAUGGGACAUUGGAGGCAGUCAAAGUCAUCAAAAUACACGUUCAGUUUUUUACAAUAAUACAAACGGAAUAAUUUUAGUUCACGAUAUGUCAAAUCGAAAAUCACAACAAAAUUUACGAAAAUGGUUACAGGAAGUUUUAAAUAAAGAUGGAAAUUCAUUGAAAUCAAAAUCUAUCGAUGAUUUUGAUCCUGAACAGUUUGUGGGUUCAACUCAAAUUCCAAUUCUAGUCGUUGGUACAAAAUCUGAUUUAAUGGCACAAGUGAGAUCGACUGUUUAUAGGCGAUCUUCGACAAUUGCCGAAGAAUGUGGAGCAGAUGAAAUUUAUUUGGAUUGUUUACAAAUUCGUUCAUUAGCAGCUGGUUCGGGUUCGUCGGUAAAAUUAAGUAGAUUUUUUGACAAAGUCAUUGAGAGACGAUAUUAUUCCAUGAGAGAGGGAAUCAGUCCUGAUAAAAGGCGAAUAAAUGCAUUUGGAUCAUCUUAUAAUCCAAAAAUGUAUCACGACGAUUAACGGAA